AUGUCAGCAUUAUUUCCAAAAAUUCUAUUUUUUGGAAAUCAAGAGCAAUUCGAUGCACUAAAAAGUCAUCUUUCAGGAACAAUUUGUAUACAAUUGAUACAUAUUGACCGUAAACACCCAAAUCAACCGAUACCAAUCAAUGUUCUUGGCACACAUUUAGGAGUGAUCAUCUCUCUUGAUUGGUUCUUAGAAAUCGACACAACAAAACAGUUUGCAAGUAACCAGAGCAAAAUACUGGUCAUCAAUUUCGGAGGUAGUAAACCAGUUGGGGACCCACUCCAGCCAGGAAUCAAACAACUCAAACUACCCGGUAGUAUUCAACCAGUUAGCCAACAGAUCAGCACCCAAGCCGAAUCCGAUGAUGUUGACAACAACAACAACAACAACAAUAAUAAUAAUCAACAUAAGGAUUCUCGACUAUGUCAAAGUUUCAAAAAUGAUUUUGAAGAUUGGUUUAGUCAUGUUGGUUCACCAUCGACCCACGCUGAGUGUAUGAAAACUGAAUUAAUGAUCAAGUACAUUGGCAUUCUUGAUUAUCUUUAUAGAAAAUCAGAGUUUGCACGUAAUCUAUCGUCAAGUGAUAGCGAUGUAAGAGAACAAUGUAUUCGUGAAAUAUAUAACCAUUGCAAGAGACCAAGAAACAAGCUCAACUAUCAAACCAUUGCCAAGCAUAUGGACAACCAAUUAGCUAUCACAAUCAUGAAAAUCAUCACCGAUCCUCUCCCACAGUUUCCACUUAUACCACCCAGCCAAAACAUUAGUCAGGAGUCGAUGAGAGCUGAUAUCAACAAAGCUAUAAAGGAAUUGGAACCAACUGAAGACCAUCUCUUGGUGAAAAGGGAAAACAACGAUAUAGCUGCCAUCAUUCAGCUAUGGGAUUGUAUACGCCAGUUCAAAGGAUUUGGUGUACCCAUCGACCGGGAAGCCAAAUACCAACUCUUGCAAGAGAUUGCCAUUGGACUUUCGAGUACGGAAAUCAACGUUCGUCUCUUGGAAAACAAAAUAGGCAAAUUCCUACAGCAACUGAAUGACCUUGCCUACAUCACAGGAAUUCCAGUUAGAUGUUUAAGUGACGUGCAGUGGACAAGUCCCGAAAAUAUAUACACCUUCAACUUCUGGGUGGUGCGACAAUUGCUGAAAAACAAACAGCCAUUUAUCAUUGUAAACGACAGUUAUAAAUUGGCCAAUGCUAUUUCCGAUAUAUUGGGAAUGGAACAACAAACAACAGAAUUCCAUAGGCUUAUGGGUGUGGUGUACUAUUCGACACUGGAUUCAUUAAUGGACAAUCUGGCUAAACUGGAAGAGUACUUUGUGGAAUGGAGAGAGUCAAAACUCUACAGCAGUGUCAAAGAUCAACUUAGAGAAGAGAAUCGUGUGACCAGACUUUCAUACAACAACGAUACUAGAUGGGACUUCUAUGCGAAGCUGAUGUGUUUGCCUAUCGACCAACAAUAUUUCUUCUUUAAUAAUAUUAUUGAAGUAACCAAAUCAAUCGAUGCCAUUGCGGACUCACAAUAUUCAUUGUCACCUGCCAGAAGACGAGUAAUAUUUGUAAAUCUAAAUCUCAAUAACCAAAUUGAAAACGAAAUAGAGAAAUUCAACCACUGUGUUACAACAUAUCGUUCAAUCACUUGGGUUGGUGUGAUCUCCGAGGAUGUGAAGUCUGGUUUGGAAGGAUUUACCAAGGUCACACUUCUUUAA